GGCACGCGCCCGUACGACCCGACGCUGUACAGCCACCUGCCGUCCCACGAGAUUCCAUUGCCUCCGAGUGACAACGACAGCGACGAGCCCCGAUCAUCAACGGUUCGUCUGGGCAGCGGUUCGACGCAUGAUUGGAUGGGGAGCCAGCUGUACAGACAGCCCUCGAUGCCGACGUACACUGAUCUGCUGGAGGGGCGGACCCCGGUUGGUUAUGACGGAGGGCUCGUAGAUCUCAGCUUCGGUUUGAGGUAUGGGAGUGGCCAGGACAUCACGCACACCGUUCUCGUGAGCCCGGGUUCUGCCAGCAACCACACAGCGCCUUCGGUGGGGCCGUGUGGCCUUCCUGACACCCGCGGCCGGGGUUCUGGUCAGUCGGGCGACGAUCGUGGACUCGUUUCGCGAGGGCGGGCGGCAGUGGGCACAACAGGUGUUCGCGCGGCGGGAACGAGGACAGGUGGAUCGAUAAGGGCAGGCGGCGCAGUCCACCGAGGAGGGGAUGACGCUGACGGCUACGCUGCGGAGGUCGCGGGGCGAGAGGUUUGGGAUGAUUACCGGCGACAAUCGCGUCAAUCUAGCACGUCCGCCAUAACGAGAGGGGUGGCGAAGAUCAAUGUACGGGCGGACGACACACCCGGUGAUUGCGACGGUGCGGGUGGUGAAGAUUGUUCGGCAGGCGACGGGGGCAAUGACAACGACGACGACGACGACGGGGAGAUGGAGAUUCGUCCGCUGGGGAAGAAACGGGGAGGGCCCAGGGCGACGAGCAAGUCCAGUGAGCCGCGCGCGGGGCGGAGAGGCAAGAAGACUGCGGGAGAUGCGUCGACAGGCGACGGAGCGAAAAGCAGGGAUUUUUGGACCGUGGAACACAUGAUUGCUCUUGUCAGAGCUAAAAGAGACCAGGAUUUGCAUCUUGCUGGCCUCGGCCACAACAUGGGAAGGAUGAAGACGAAGACAUGGAAGUGGGCCGACAUCGAGAGCAGGCUCCUGCAGAUGGGGGUGACGACUAGAAAGGCCGACGACUGCGGGAAAAAAUGGGACAACCUGGGGGGGAAAGCACAGCCCGCGCAAAAGGGCGAUGCAACGGCGAUCGGCACUCGGACGGCGGCGGCGGAUCACAGUGGUAGAACCGGAGUCGCCGAAGGUCAGGGACCGGGGAAACCCUUGAGGGAGGCGGUUGGCCAGUGCGCGGACUACUUCAUCGCAAUCGCCAACGGAGAUGCGGGAGUUGAACCGCCUGCGAUGCUCAUACUGCCGCCGAACGACGUGCCGCGCUUCAAGAUCGAGGACCCUGCGCAGCGUGAACCGGCUCUGCGCAGAGCGCGCAACGUCGAGAAACUGGUGCUGCGCGUCAUCCACCGCUGGAUCUUCAAAUCGGCCUCGCAGUUGGCUGGAUUCGCUCGUGCAGAGUCGUACAUCAGUGUCGACAUUGCCACAGACGUCGCACGAGCAGUUUGGCAGGGGCAGGAAUGGUCGAAUGUGGUGUCCCCUGCACUCGCGUACCACACUCUGGCGCUGAAGAUGGACGUGCCUCUGUGGUUCGUGGGGGUGAAGAUUGUGGAUCGGCCCGAGGACGACGACAUGGCGGCGCGGCAGGAGGCGACAGUUCUUCGCAUCGCGGAGUGCUGGACAGACGCACUGUGGUGUGGACAAUGGGCGGACGGCGGGCGCGUGAAACAGGAGAGGUUGUUUAGGCUUGCAGACUGUCUUCGAGCGUUGUUGAGCGCAUGCAUGUGGAUCAUGCGCAUGGGUGGUGACGACGACCGUUCGCACUACGAGGCGUGCCUUUACUCGUCCAUGGUCGCCAAACCGACAAUGAUAGCGGCGGGGUCGUACAUCUUCAACUGGCGGCGACACAUCGUCGACAGCGCGAACCUCGUCUUGGAUCACAAGGACCGAAUCCAUCGACGACUCCACGUCAUUGCGCGGGAAAACCAACUUCUCGGCCACGACGUCAAUGAAGAGCCGAAAUACGAAAAGACGAACGCAGAGGACGAGUACUACAUCAGCGAUCCCGUCGCACUCCUGCUGCGCGACGGACUGGAUCUAUACAGCGUCGUCGAAUACAAGAACAAACACCUGAAAGAAUCCGACCGCGAUGGCAGACCCUCACUGGCGAUCGCGCGCGUGAGCGGAAGACGAAAGAGUUGUCGGCCGACUAUGGCGGGACACGACUUCAACAGGACGAACAGGUAGGCGGCUGGGUGGAUCAAACGUGUUUCAUCCGCUGCGCCAGUGCAUUGCGGAGCGCAUGAGCCUCGCGCGUCGAAGUUAACAUGGACACUGGCUGCGGGGGGCGAUGAAUCCCCAGAUCCACUCGCCGCCUCACCCCGUUCGCGUCGACCUCCCACAACAAAUUCUCAUCGAACUC